AUGUCUGACAAAGAUCACAAACAAGAACUAAUCACCCUCCUUGAAGAUAUCAUGUCAGAAAUUGACCUCAAACCGCUACACCCAAAGAACAAAAUUUUAUUAGUCUAUAGUCGUUAUCUCCUAUCGAAAUUCUCCUGGCAUUUUACUGUCGCUACCUUAUCAAAAACGUGGGUUUCUGAAAACAUGGACUCAGUAGUUAAUAAAUUCGUACGGAAAUGGCUUGAAAUACCAGUAUCUGAAACUUUAAGUAAUGUCUUCCAAACAAGUAAUAAAUUUGGACUAAAUAUAUACCCUCCAUCCGUCAAGUUCACUCAGUGCCAAACAAUCUCUCGUAAAGCCUCAAAAACCUCUCCAAAUGAUUGUAUAAGAAAUUUAUGGAAAUCAACUUGCGACAAUACUAACAUACAGUACGACGUCUACACCUCAACAAAGGAAGUUCUUAAAAGUUUCAAAUCUGCACAAGAGGACAAGCUUCAAAAUCAUCUGCUUCUCCAAGGCUCCUUUUUCUCUAACACCACCAAGUUCUCGUUGUCUACACUAAACAACCUAUGGUCCAAAUCUCAAUCCCGCUUGCCAAAAAGCAUCUAUAACUUCACCAUCCGUUACAUCAACAACACUCUUCCCACACGCAAAAAUCUCACAAAAUGGGGAAUAAUGUCAAACUCGGAUUGUUCCCUCUGCCUGAACCCUGAAACCCUUCUGCAUGUGGUCGCGGGAUGCCAGUCAUACCUUCCACGAUUUACUUGGAGACAUGACUCCAUUCUCAAUUUUAUCUCAAAAAUAUUCCAACCUGACCACAACUCCACUCUAUUUGUUGACCUUCCUGGAUACAAGAGCCCGUCAAUAAUAACCGGUGACACUUAUCGCCCAGACCUGCUUCUUUCGAUUUCAAAUGAUUGUCUGUACAUACUCGAACUCUCUGUCGGAUAUGAAUCCAAUCUCCAAACCAACGUCGAUCGCAAAAGGGAAAGAUACAAGGAUCUAAUUACGCAGCAGAAAGACCAUUUCAAAACUGUCAAAUUUAUUAAUUUGUCUAUUAGUGCCUUAGGUGUUUUCUCAAAAGAAUGUAACACGUUUAUGAAAAUGUUGAACGAAGUUGGUCUUGAUAAAAAACAUCAGAACUUUUGUGUUAAGAAAAUAAUGUCCAUCGCCAUCAGAACAACGUACUAUAUAUUUUGUUGUAGAAACAAGGAUUGGACCGAUCCGGACUUGAUGAACAUUUAA